UCAUAAUAUAAAUUCGUGUAGAUUGGUGUUAAGUGCGAGUUCAUAAUAUAUAUCUGCUACUUGCGUUUAGUAGCAAAUGUAUAAAGUCAAACCUAACAUUAAUUAAUGUAUAAACAGGGUCCUAUUGGUAUCAAUACUGACGUUAAUGCUUGUGGUAAAUGAAAAAUUCUUCUGUGAACCCUAUAUCCCUAAUGUGGGAUAACAGGAUUACAUCAAUCAUCAAUCAAGUAAUAUUUUUUGACAAAUAUAUUUUUUUCAGACCAUAAAUUUUAUGUUCUAUCAAUUUUUUGAAGUGAAAACUCCUUUAGCGAUGCUGUGCACUUUUUGUGUUGGGGAAAAAAUGUUAAACUCGCAGGUCAUGUGACCGACAGAUUCGUCUGAUUGAAAAUUCGUAAGACGUAUCAAAAAACUGUUACAAUAUCAUUGAAGCCAGUAGACCGCCGGCGCGACGUAGACGAGGUAGUAUCCCACUCUCUUUGUACCGCGCGGUGAAAAUGUAUGCAUAAAUGAUAGUACUUUUAUACUUUUAUUUUAUCUUUUAUGUUGCGAAAGAAAGGGAACAAACAUUUAAAACGAAACGACAUCGACAUCCGGACCGGAGUAAGACAAAUAUAUAUAAAAUUAUGGUCUCGUCCAUACACGUAACUUAUUGUCACAAUUUUUUUAAAGUAACCACCAACACAUCAUUAAAUGGGUCUUGAAAAAUAACUUGAAUGUUUCUAAGAAGUUUUUUGGAUAAAAUGAAUAGUUUUGCAAAAAACCCGUUUCUAAAGGCUGAAAUAAUGUUAUCAUUUAUUUACAAAGCUGGGAGAUCCGAUUUCAUGCAAGGGCAACCUUUAUUUUGACAGCCCGUAGAACCAUAAACAAAACUCCUCUUCCUUUUGUCUACGGACACGUCGUGAGCACGUUGUUUCUGUAGCUAGUUUUUACGAUAAAACUAGAAUAAUGUCGUCCCAUCUAAACUGGAUGAUCAUCCGCAACAACAACGCCUUCCUCGUGAAGAAGCGUAACAUCAAGAAGCCGUUCAGCAAGGAGCCCAACAAUGUGACUAACCUCAACUCCUACAGAUACAACGGUCUUAUCCACAAGAAAGCCGUCGGCGUGGUCGAGAACCCCGACAGGAAAGGAUUCACAGUUGUGACAAAGAAGGUUAAAGCUGGAAACAAGCCCGCGAAGAACACCGUACGCCGUUCAUUCAAAGCUGGCGCGAGGCGAUCACUCUUCAAGGUAAAGAAGCUGUUGAAAGCUAAUCACUACCGCACUGAUCUGUCCAAGGCUACUUUGCGCCGUGCCUCUGCCAUCCUCCGAUCCCAGAGACCCAUCAAGGCGAAGAAACCUAAAGCAGCCGCCGCUAAGACCGAAUAAGUUUUGUAUAUAAGCUGACAAUAAAAAAAAUCUAAAAACCA